UUUUAAUUUCCAAAAAGGUAUUUUUUGUGCAUUGGGGACUAGAUCGAGAAGAGCUUUGGAGAACACUGUGAAGGCAGCCAGACUGUGGUAUUGCCAAUCAGCGCGCACCUCUUCUUCCCACCAGCCUCCCACUCAGCUGCCAAAGCCUGUUCCAUGGCUUCCCAGGCAAUUAGUGGUUGCAACGCACAUGCACACAGCCAGCAGAACCCCUCCAGGUUUAUAUGUGUCCUUGAUAACCUCUUGUGGUUUUUUAAGCCUUUGGUAGCAAUGAAACGGCUGAGGAUAGUGACAAUAUAAACUCCCCGAGUGCAAGACCUGGAAACGUGUUUUUCUUCUAAGCAGCUGGUGUCCCUUGGUGGGGCAGGUGUGAAUGGGUGAGCUUCACUCUGUAUGUCAACCCCCAUGCUCUUGGCAAUCAGACUGGAAUUAACUGGCUUCUUCGUGUGCACCCAGGGUGGUGUUUGCUUGGUUGGCUGGUUAUGGUAACUGAAAACCAGUCCGAAUCACUUCAGCCUUGGGCUUCCAGACCUUACUGCUUUAUUUCUAGAGCACCUUGUAUCCUAUUUUUCCAUUUUUCAUGGCAACAAAGCUCCACUGGGCUGUCAUGAGCUCUGGCAGCCAUUCUUUUUCCUCAGCUCCCAGGAAACUCCUCACCUUGACCUAAUGGAGGAGCAGCCUGAGCUGCUAUCUGGGACAGCACUGGUGUGCAACGGGAAGAGCAGGGACAAGGGGAGCUCACAGAGAGCAAUGCAGCAGCUGAUCCAGUGUGAAUUCCAAAGCUCUGUUCUUGAAAUGUUAAAAGACAAAGAUUGAGGAAGACACUUUCCAUGACAAAGAAAGACACUGUCCAUGCCAGAGCUUAGGGAAGGUUUCUGCAGAGCAGCAACAGAAGCAGAGACCCAGGACAGAAAUAUUUUGGUUUGUACCCCUCUCUGCCAACAUUUGGGCAGGAUUUGAAGGGGGGGAACCAGCAAAUCCACUAAGAGUUUGAGGGAAAAAAAAACUGACAAAAGCAUUGGUGAGAUUACAUUUAGGAGGGUGGUUUAGAGGAGUUUUACUAUUUUAGCUCUGGAAAACAGGAGAUACCUGACUUACUCCUGAGCUCUGAGGGAGCCCUUAUCAUCUUCCUCCUCUCCUCUCCCCUCCCCUUCCCUCAUCUCCUCCUCUCCUCUCCCUGCAUCAGGCAGGGAGAAAAGGAAGUAUCCUUGACAAGAUUGUGAAAGAAGAACUACUAUCAAGAUGACUUCGAUGUCAGCUUAGGUUUUAGAGGACAGAGGUCGGCCGAUGGCCUUCUAGGGCGCUUGUGCUGCAGAUUGUUCUAUAAAUGCUGAUAUGUUGACUCUUCGAUCAUAAAGGAUUUUCACAAGAAAUGUAUCCCUUUGUAGCCUUGCUUUGUGCUCGUAAUUCAAUUGCCAACUGUGUGGAAGGGAAGAGAUGCAGUAAGGCCUGCUCACAUGCUGCUUAAAUCCUUUCUUUAAAAGACAGUAUUUUUUUCCCCCAGCAUUGCCAAUUAUUUUGCCCUGAGGGCUGAGGAUUAUACAGUGCUGUUCCUGUUUCCAUAAUCAAGCACCUGGACACCUCAGAGCAUGUUUAAAUCUAAGUGUGAUAAUAGCUGUAUUUUAUAAGGGAAAAGCUCAAGAAUGAGGCUCGGUGUUUAUAACGCAAAAGAACGUUAUAAUUUGAGGUCAGCCUUAAACUGAUAGUUCUUAAUGUCCCGUAGUUACCUUAGACACCCAAUAGAGCGUUUGUGUGCACAGUCUGACCCGGAGGACAGGCUUUUACACGGGGACGGGCAGCCUCUGCCGGAAAGGGAAGCGUCUCCUUCACGGUCCAGCACCGGACGUUCCCGCGGGCAGCUCGGAGGCAUCGCGGCUGCGGGGCUCGGCCCAGCGCCUCAGGCUGUCACCGCACCCGGCCGGGGGAGGCUGUCGGGGCAGCCCCUGCCCGGGGCGCGUUUCGCUAAGCCGCACACGCCGCACGUCGGGAGCGCCGCCGCCCCUCACGGCAGCACAGCCGGCCCGCCGUGCGCGCCCCCGAGCCGCUGCGCUGUCCCCGAGCAGAGGAGCGGGCAGAGCGGGCCUGAGCGCCGCGCAGCGAGACAGAAGGUGGCGUGCAUAGAGGUGGUGGAGGCCUACGUGGAGAGGAUCAAGGAGGUGAAUCCCCUCAUCAAUGCCGUGGUUAAGGACAGGUUUGAGGAGGCCCUGCAGGAAGCCCGGCAGGUCGAUAAGCUGCUUUCGGAGGGUCCUGCCGAUGAUUGCCUGGAGGAGAAGUUCCCCUUGUUGGGAGUUCCCAUCACCGUUAAGGAGGCCUUUUCUCUCUAUGGGAUGCCCAACACCUCUGGCUUGGUCAACCGCCGCAACGUGAUCGCCACCUCGGAUGCCACUGUGGUGUCACGGCUGAAGCAGGCAGGUGCCAUCCCGCUGGGUGUCACCAACUGCAGCGAGCUCUGCAUGUGGUACGAGUCCAGCAACAGGGUCUACGGGCGGACCAACAACCCCUACGACCUACAGAGGAUUGUGGGCGGCAGCUCAGGUGGGGAGGGCUGUGUCCUGGCAGCUGCCUGCUCAGUCGUGGGUGUGGGCUCUGACAUCGGCGGCAGCAUCCGAAUGCCCGCCUUCUUCAAUGGAGUCUUUGGCCAUAAACCCACAACAGGGGUCGUGCCCAACGACGGCCAGUUCCCAAAUGCUUACGGGGUGCGGACCAGCUACCUGUGCACGGGGCCCAUGUGCCGCUACGCAGAGGACCUGGAGCCUGUGUUGAGAGUCAUGGCCGGUCCUGGGGUCAGCAAGCUGAAACUGAAUGAGAAAGUGUCGCUGGAGCAAAUCAAAUUCCACUGCAUGGACCAUGAUGGCGGGUCCAUUUUUGUAUCACCUGUGGACAAGGAGAUCUUACAGGUCCAAAAGAAGGUGGUGGAGCACCUCGAAAGUGACCUCGGGGUCCGGGUUCAGCAUGUGGCAAUCCACAAGAUGAAGUAUUCUUUCCAGAUCUGGUCAGCCAUGAUGUCAUCCAAAGACAGUGAGGGGCAGGUGUGUCAGAGAGGCACAAAGAUUCACGGACCUGCUGGGGGACCAUGGGAAGCCAGUGUGGCCGCUGUGGGAGCUGAUGAAGUGGCUCGUGGGGUUGUCUUCUCACACUCUCCCAGCUAUCGCCCUGGGACUGACAGAGAAGCUGGUGAACCUCAACCUCAGUGGGAAGGCCAAGCUGGUGAGCAUGGGGAAGAGCCUACAGGAGGAGAUGGAGGCACUGCUGGGGCCGGAUGGGGUGCUCCUCUACCCCUCACACCCCACCAUCGCCCCCAAGCACCACUCGCCCAUGUGCAUGCCCUUCAAUUUUGCCUACACAGCCAUCUUCAAUGUCCUGGGCCUGCCGGUGACACAGUGCCCGCUGGGGCUGGGCAGUGAGGGGCUGCCACUGGGCAUCCAGCUGGUGGCAGCCUCCUACAAUGACCACUUGACACUGGCAGUGGCUCGGUACCUGGAGAAAGCCUUUGGAGGAUGGGUUUUGCCAGGGGAAGGUUAACUUUGGGAGGCAGGAACAGAGGCAGUGACAAGUGCUGAUGCUUGAUCCCAUCACGGCACUGCCUGCUCCCUCUACAUCCCCCUGCACCCUGCUGGGAGUGGCUGGUGGUGCCUCCAGCGCAGGAACAGCUGGACCAUUGCCACUGGAGUCCUCAUCCCUGUGGCACCCUCUGUCAGGGAGAGACCUGCCUUUCCCAAAUUCCUCAGGAGCCCCAGUGCUACAGUCUGAGGAUGCCCUGUCUGCAUCCUGCCUGCAGUGGGCACCCACCCACCUUUUCCAGACCGUGGAGUUGGCCAGCUCUGUAACCCUUCUGCUUUCAAAGCGCUGAGUGAGAGCUGGGCAGAGGACGUGCACCUUU